GUUCUCAUACUAUUACUCUAUGCUUAUCUAUUAUUGUUAUAUAUACAUACACAUACAAGUAGCAGAGCUUCGAAAUCUUUAAAUCUUGAAAUACAAAAUAGAAAAGAAAAUAAAAAGAUCAACGAGAGACAUCAAAGAUAUUGUUGUGAUAAAAGUGCAAAGAUAUUUGUUCUUUGUUUCUUUAGAGAGGAGGUGAUUAUAUAUUUAGAAUGGGUCUUCAAGAACUUGACCCGUUAGCUCAACUGAGUUUACCACCGGGUUUUAGAUUUUACCCGACAGACGAAGAGCUUAUGGUUGAGUAUCUCUGCAGGAAAGCCGCCGGUCACGAUUUCUCUCUCCAGCUCAUAGCUGAGAUCGAUCUCUACAAAUUCGAUCCUUGGGUUUUACCAAGUAAGGCGUUAUUUGGUGAAAAGGAAUGGUAUUUUUUCAGCCCGAGAGAUAGGAAGUAUCCGAACGGGUCGAGACCGAACCGUGUUGCGGGGUCGGGUUAUUGGAAAGCCACCGGUACGGAUAAGGUUAUCUCGACGGAAGGAAGAAGAGUUGGUAUCAAGAAAGCUUUGGUGUUUUACGUUGGGAAAGCACCAAAAGGCACCAAAACCAAUUGGAUCAUGCAUGAGUACCGUUUAUUCGAACCGUCUCGUAGAAACGGAAGCACCAAGCUUGAUGAUUGGGUUUUAUGUCGAAUAUACAAAAAGCAAACAAGCGCACAGAAACAGGUUUAUAACAAUCUAAUGACGACUGGUCGAGAAUACAGCAACAAUGGUUCGUCGACAUCUUCUUCGUCUCAUCAAUACGACGACGUUCUCGAAUCUUUACAUGAGAUUGACAAUAGAAGUUUGGGAUUCGUUGCCGGUUCAUCAUCUAACGCGCUGCCUCAUAGUCAUAGACCGGUUUUAACCAAUCACAAAACCGGGUUUCACGGUUUAGCGAGGGAGCCAAGUUUUGACUGGGCGAAUUUGGUUGGACAGAACUCGGUACCGGAACUCGGACUGAGUCAUAACGUCGCGAGUAUCCGUUACGGUGACGGUGGAACGCAGCAACAGCAGACUGAGGGGAUUCCUCGGUUUAAUAACUCGGACGUAUUGGCUCAUCACCAGGGUUUUAGUGUCGACCCGGUUAACGGAAUUGGGUACUCAGGUCAACAAAAUAGUGGGUUCGGGUUUAUUUGAUUGUGUAAUGGUGACGUAAUAUAAAAAUCAACAUAAUUUUAUUUUUUUGGUCUAAGUCAGAUUUAUUAAUUAAGGGUAGAAUUCGAACUCUAGGGUUAAGAUUUAGGUUCUAUACGACUUGUAUUUGUAUAUUCGUCGUCAUUUGUCCUGACAUUUUUACAUUUUUGUAAACUCUUAAGCUGGAUCUUUUGUAUUAAUCAAUUAUUUAUAUAUACUAAAAACA